AUGGCUACCAGUAUUCAGGUGGUUAGUACAGCAGCAAAUGUCUGCUCCAGGUGUCGGCUCCAUAAGCAGAGAUGCGAUCGGGCUCUGCCUAGAUGCUCCCGAUGUGCUUCAAAGCUACGGCACUGCGACUAUACUCUCUUUUCAAGCAGCGCCCAUGGCCUAAUGCAAGAUGUGCGCGGAAUCGAGCCAUUGGUUAUCUGCGAACCCCGUGGCUUUUUUGAUCUUUCUUCUCGUGGCGAGAAUGAAUUUUUGCGAUUGAUAUCCAAUUGUGCAAGAAUUACUGAUACAACUUUCCACUAUUUUUCACAGCUGACGAGCGAUAUUCUACAAGAAAGUAAAACAGAAAUAUCUGGCCUUAUUGACAGAUUUUCAUCCUCUAUCCACCGCUGGUUCCCCGUUAUUGACAUUGAACGGCUGCGUAAAGAUGCGCGAACCCUUCGAGAUCCGCGCGAGGGAGAUACAGCGACGCCGUUGCUUAUUCUAGCAUUACUACUGUUUGACUUCCUCCAGCCCUGCGAUCUUAAUGCUUCUUUAGGACCGAAAAAGCUAUAUACUGCUUCAAAGAAGUUAAUGACAGCUCUACUUUCUUUGCGUGAGAAGUCGAACUCGCGCCUAAUUGAAGUUCAGGCUCUUCUUGGAUUAUAUGAAUGUAGCCGAGGAAUGGUAUACCAAGCACAGCUUACACUCAAUUCCAUCUUUACUAUGGUGACAUUAUCAGAGUCUUAUACACAUGAGACAGAGAUUCCAUUGCAGACUAAAGUGUCGCUUCUCAUCUUGGAUCGUCCCUUUGUCAAGGCUAUUGAGUAUUAUAUUCGACGCCAUUUUGUUGCAGAGUCUGCAUCCAUUGGGGCCUCUCCUUCCCAGCAGCUCUAUACUAUGACCCAAGUUGUGCUGGCAUCUGGGCGAGUUCUGCAUCACGUUUACUGCUCAAAUCAAGGAUAUGACGUUGAUGAGAGCUAUACGUCUGUGGAAAAUUGCAUGCAAACAUUGGUGGUAGCGCUAAUGACAGCGAAGGACAGUCAUUCCAUGUAUUUGUGUGACAUUAUUUCUCUUGCUCUUUGUUCCCUCAUCGUACUUCGACACAGUCACGCAAAACAAGCCACAAUUAUGCCCGGCUCAUUGGAUGAUCUGACACUGCAAACUUCCUGUCAAAUGAUAUGGGACACUGCUAAAAUUUCUUUCUGUGCCAUAAAAAACGUCGAUUCAUCUCAGGUUUCAUUUAUUGGGAUAUUCUGUCAACUGCGGGCUGUUUAUACCGCUAUUAAUACCCCUAACAAUUACGUUCCUCAUGAUGAAAUCGAGGAUAUGCUCUUCACGAUGAAUAACUUUUUCCAAAGAUGGACUCUAGGAGGCAAGUUGGUCUCACGGAAAUGCACUUGCAUUUUAGCUAAAUUCGGUUUUACAGGAAGUCUUUUGAGAAGUGUUCAAACUGUCAUUUCUACAAAACAUAAUGCGACAGCCGUGCGUUCUUAA